CGUCAGCGACAAGUCCCCAACACCUUCCUCAUCACUUUCGCCUUCACCUCCCUUGGUUCACUUUUCACUAAGUCGCUUAACAUUGUUCUGGCAAGCGCCAUCUAUCCAGUAAACCUCUCCUUCCGAGCUAGCCUACCGAGAUGCUGUCGUGAGUUCCGUGGGGUCCUCAGCCCCAUCCUACGGUCCACGCUGCCAUCAAUCCGCCUAUUCAUGAUUCACGUCACGUAGCAGUCACCCUACCAACGAGAUUUCACGGCAAACUAUAUUUAUACAACCAGCGGCUCUUGAAUCUCCGCAUCGUUCAACCCUCGACUUUCGCCUCGCAACAUUCCGUACCCUUCGCUUUUGGAUAGACCCCGUAAUAAACCGUCCCAUCACCAUGCCCGUCGCAAGCCUCUUCGAGCUGGCUCGACAGCGCCUGAUUAAGAACAUCGACAUGCUCCGAGAUGUUGGCGAUCUACCCUACUCCUUCCUGCAACCAGUCCUCCGAUUCGUACAAAGCCCAGACCAGCUCCUGGAGCUCGAGGCAAACUGCCCACAAUUACUGGGAGAGACGGGCGAGAUUUGGCUCCGCUUCAUCAAGCGCGACAUUCCGGACUGGGAGAAGAAGCCGCACGAGCCGCGCGAUCCUCGAAAUUGGAGCAAAGUUUACCGCAAAUUGAAGAAAGAUGCGGAACUGGAGAAAGAGGCCGACAAAGAGGCCCUCAAGCAGCAGAUGCAGGCGCUGCAGAAAGAUCGCGCACAGAAUAAGACACUGAUUGUGGAAACCAGAUUUGGAUACGGUGCUGGCGCCAGUAAGAUGUUCACUGGCCGGACUACCAGCAGCUGGGGCCAACCCUCGGGUGCACCUGCGAAGACUGGCAAAGCCGCCUUCGAUAAGCUGAAGCGUGGCAUGUUCGAUCACGGUCGUGAACGCCCGAAGGCUAGCCACAUACCACAACAUCUUCUAGAGCAGAGGAAGACCACCGUUAGGCAAGCACCGGCAAGGAUGGUUAGAAUGGCGGAAAACGAAGCUCCACGAAGCAUGGUAGUGUCCAGACAAGCUUCGGCAUCUAUCAACAACAAACCCGAAUCUCGCCCAACGCCGUCGUUAUCCGCAAACCGCCCGAAUAUUACACAAAGGCCAGCACCACAGCAGCGCAAUCCUCCACCACCCACGCGGACGUCGUUACCGCCCGGGAUGUCGUUCAGCGCACCCAAGCCAAGAGCGCCAAACGGACAGUCAGCGCCUGACCCGACUCUGAAGAGGAAAAGGCCAGAAUAUAACAUGUUUCACACAAAGAAGAAGAAGAUGUAAGGCGUUAAUGGGGCUAGUAGUGGCAUGACGUGUGUAUAAGAGCUACACGUAUAAUCGGGCUUCUUGAUACGGGUCACCUGGAUGACCCAACAUAGGGCUGACCACAUUCGGUUUGUGGUUUCAGUAGCAUCUACUUUCUGGAGUUGAAUUCGAUAAAUUGGUUUGUGGAGUUUGGAAACUCAUUCGGCGGCGUUUCACUUUUGGUAUCUCCGUACUUUUGGCAUAUGACCAUAGACCUCUCUUCACGUUUGUACAUUUAUCAUUACCUUUGAUCAGUCUCUCUUACCUCGUAAGAACAGUGAUGUUGUAUCCCUUGAUGAGUCAAGAGCAAACCUCCCGCUGUCCAAGAUCUCAGUGGUGGCUUCUUAAAGUGAUAGUUUGCCUGAUCAUCAG